AUGAAGCUGAAAGAGAGAGAGAGAAAAAGCAAAGAAAGACAAGACAAGACAGACGAGGAUCUGCUGAUGGACUGUGAAGAAGAUGAUGAUGAUGAAGAUGAUGAAGAAGAUGAAGAAGAUGAAGAAGAUGAUGAUGAGAAGAUGCUGAUGACGAAGAUGAAGUCUUAUGGGCAAGAAGAAGAAGAAGAAGAAGAAGCAAAGAAAAGAGAGGAAAAGAGAGAGAAAGAGCAGGAAGAAAAGGCUGGUCGACGGUCGAGCGAUGCUGCUGCCAGCGUCCCCUGGCUUGCUCCUGAGGCGGAGGCCCUUCGACCCCUGAAGUCCUGCCUGAAGCCAUCGCUGCCGGGGAAUAAGAGACAGACUCAGCAGACGGCCGGAGAAGCAGAGAAGACGCAAGACGCAGAGCAAGACGCAGAGAGUUGCUGGCUGAGGCAGUGCUGGUCCACCUGCAAGGCCCAGGCAGAGUAA